AUGCAAAAUUCACAUCACCUUGUAUCUAUAUUCAGCGAUCUCAAAAAACUCUACGAAAUUCUUGAUGAAGCUGUUAGAUUUGAAGAUAUUACCACUUUGAAAUAUGCUAUAAAUAACAAAAUGACUAAUUUAAUUGAGCCAAAAAGAAAUAAUUUGAAUUUUAUUAUAUAUGCAGCAAAAGAGAACAAUCUGAACUUUUUUAUAGGUUUCAAUAAACUUGGUCUUUAUAAAGAUUUGGGUCAAUCAGAGCGGAUUCUUUUGGCAUUUUGCGAAAAUGGAAAUCUUGAUGGUGUCAAAUUUGCAUCUCAAUUUGUUGAUUUCAAAUCUUCUGAAAAUGCAUCAACGCAACUCUUAAUUGCAGCCAAUAAUUUCGAUUUUCGUAUAUGUGAAUUUCUUUGCUCUCAACCAGGAAUAAGAAAAAAUAUUAAAGACAAUACAAAUAAAACGCCCUACGAUAUUGUUAAAAAUUCUAGUAAAUACAAUGAUCUUCUUGACAUGUUAGAGAUUCGAAAGGACUUCAAAAUGCUAAACUUACAGUCAUUCUUGGCAUUAUUUUCUCAUCAAUCUCGAAGUCUUAAAGUGUGGCCGGUUUUCGUAGAGGCCAUUUUAGGUUUUACUGAUGAUGAAUUGCUGAAAUUAUUAAAAUUCAUCACUGGAAGUAAAACAUUUAAGCCCGAUUUGCUUUUAAAGCUUGAAAUAAAAUCGAUAUCUGAUCAUGAUGAAAACGAAUAUAGCAAUCCAAUUUCUCAUACAUAUAGCAAUACAUUAGAAUUGAACCCAUUCAAAUCUCCUGAAAUCUUAGGAGAAAAGUUGAAAGUAAUAAUCGAUAUGUAA